AUGCUUGAGCUAUGUCUUACUCCCAUCGACUUUUAUUACCGCUACCAAACGAUCUGCCUGAACAAAACCUUAUCCAACCGAAGAUUGUAUUCCAUAGUAGCGUUCGUCUACAGCAUCACCUUCGUUCACGCCUUUCCUGUUUAUCAAUCGUUUGCCAAAUAUGGCCCAGCGAAUGAUACGAGGAUCGCGGCUGAAGCUCUUUGGAAAUUGGAGGAGUUUGAGGACAAACCAUCGUUUUCUUAUAAUUCUUAUGUAUGUACUGGAACGCUACAUAAAUAUCAAGCAAACCCUUUUUCAGCGCGACAUUAUGUCCUAUGUCAACUUGCUUACGCUGAUGACGAUGUUCGCUGUUGGAUAUUUUGUAAUCUUUUGGGCGUAUAUAAGAAUUCAUACAACUGUAAAGAAGCAUGUAAAUUACAAUCAAUUCUCAGCACUAGCUUCAAUGGAGCAGCAGAUCAACAAAGUCAUCUUGGUACAGGUAAGGGGUUGUUGCGCAAGAGAAACGCUCUUUUAAACAAUGAAAUUUAUUGUGUGUAUACAUAUAUCAUUCUGUCAGGGCUAGCCACUGGGAAUUUGUUUCUCAUCUACGAGGCGUCAAAUUUCUCAGCGAAACAUCCACGUUAUUUUCCCGACAGACUGAUAUUACGCUGUUUAAAAAUACGCCGACUUUAAAAAUACAGUGACGGACGUGAUCGAGUGGAAAAAAACGUACCAUUUUGCAUCCGGGAAGUAUCAAAAAUGUGGCAAAAUGUCUCCCUCUCCAACUAAAAAACUCCGUUUUGAAGGGCGUGCCCUUUCCCUCACAAAAAGAGCGGGAUCGCUUUUGAAAUCUGAGUUUUUUCAUCUGGAGACGGAAGCAUUUUCCUAUAUUUUUGACACUUUCCGGAUGCAAAAUGGUAUGUCUUUGCCACGUAUCCAGUCGCCUUGCAAGAGUUUUUCAGCAAUUUUCAGAUGAUUGUCCCGUUCUUCGGCAAUGGAAUUCCCGUUUCUGUGGUCUCCGUGACCUCCAUGCUUCAUAUUGACUUCCAUCAAUUCUCGAUUUUCUACCACAUCUCGGUCGGCUGGAUCGCGGCCCUCAAGCCAUUGAUUACAAUCAGCUUGAUCCCGAGUUAUCGGCGGAGAAUCUACGAGAUAUUGGGAUUACGGGAGUCAGUCGGAAAGUCGAAAACAGCCGCAAUUGGAUCAACCAUUGGCAUGAUCACAACAAUCACUUCGAACUUGGCAACGGAAUAG